AUGCAAAAUAUACCGGAAGAUGUGCAGCAACUCUCGGGUAUAUGCAAACCUCUCCUGGAGCAACAACAAACAACGCCUACUUCACCACCAUCACAUCAUCAUAUCAUCACCACUAAUACCAUCUUCAUAUCAUCACUACCACCAUCAUAUCAUCACCACUACCACCAUCACCAUCGCAUCAUCACCACUACCACCAUCAUAUCAUCACCACUACCACCAUCAUCCUGUCAUCAUAUCAACACCACUACCACCAUCAUAUCAUCACCACUACCACAAACACCAUCAUCAUAUAAUCACCAUACUACCACCAUUAUAUCAUCCCCACUACACAAUCACCAUCAUCAUAUCAUCACCACUGCCACAAUCGUAUCAUCACCAUUACCACCAUCAUAUCAUCACCACUGCCAUAAUCGUAUCAUCACCACUACCACCAUCACCAUCAUCAUAUCAUCACCACUGCCACAAUCUUAUCAUCACCACUACCACCGUAACCAUCAUCGUAUCAUCAUCAUUAUCACAAAGUCCCUCCCUCCAUUAUCAAGGACUUCGUCAAUUCCAAGGACCGCCUCCUAA